AUGAAAUUGAUUCACGAAUCAGAGGCCGCGAAGUUCGACAAAAAGAAUCUCAAACCUCAGGUUGAAAGACGUAGAAGAGAGAGAAUGAACCGCAGUCUGGAGAGCCUGAAGACAGUUUUACUGCAGCAACAGCAAGCUUCUCAGCGCAGAGUGGAGAAAGCUGAGAUACUCGAGCACACUGUGCUCUUCCUGCAGAGAACUGCUGAAGAAGACAACACGAGAGUUGGAGAUGCUGCUGGAGCCCAGAAACACUCCUACCAGGACGGGUUCUCCACCUGUCUACAGAGAGCGUCACGUUUCCUCGGACCUGAUGGGAAAGGCCUGUGGCUCGGAGCAGCACUGGAUGCAUCUCUUGCUGCUCGCGUUUCCAGUUUAGACUCUGAUUCUGCAGGCUUCCAUAGAAGAACCGGAGUCUACUCCUCGUCCAGCUCUCUCAGGAACUCCUCCACGUAUAUUCUUCGGAUGCUGAUACACAGGUCCGGGCACAAGCUGCGCACACCUGCCCCCUCUGUGCUCAGUUGUGUUCAGACCCUCGGAGAAUCACAUCGCUCUGCCACAGCUCCCCACCAGCCCCGCAAAGUGGCGAGUCCAGCGAGCAAACAGAGCCCGCCUCAGAGCAUCACAGCCGGCCAGUCCCUUUGGAGGCCCUGGCCCUGA